AUGCACUUUUCUUUGAAGCAAUUGGCUAUCGCUGCGUUUUAUGCUGCUAAUCUAGGCUCUGCCUUUGUCAUCCCUCAAUUCUUCCAGGAAGCCUUCCAACAAGAAGAGCCAAUUGAGAAUUAUCUUCCACAACUAAACGACGAUGAGAAUUCUGUCGUUGGUGCCAACAUUCCUAAGCCACAUAUUCCUUACUUCAUGAAACCCCAUGUAGAAAGUGAAAAAUUGCAAGAUAAGAUUAAUGUGGACGAUUUGAAUGCUACUGCUUGGGACCUUUACCAUUUAGCCAAUUAUUCUACUCCAGAAUACGGCCACCCCACCCGUGUCAUCGGGUCCAAGGGUCAUAAUAAGACUAUGGAAUACAUAUUGAAUGCCUUCGAUGAUAUGCAAGACUACUACGAUGUUUCUUUGCAAGAAUUCGAGGCUUUAUCUGGUAAGGUCAUCUCUUUCAACCUUUCUGACGCUGAAACAGGCAAAAGUUUUGCUAACACCACAGCUUUCGCACUGUCUCCACCUGUGGACGGGUUUGUUGGUAAGCUAGUGGAAAUUCCUAACUUAGGGUGCGAAGAAAAGGAUUACGCUUCCGUAGUUCCACCAGGCCAUAACGACAAGCAAAUUGCCCUCAUUGAAAGAGGUAAAUGCCCAUUCGGUGACAAAAGCAAUUUGGCUGGUAAGUUCGGUUUCACUGCCGUGGUCAUUUACGACAACGAACCUAAAUCUAAAGAUGGGCUACACGGUACAUUAGGUGAACCUACGAAGCACACCGUCGCUACUGUCGGUGUUCCAUAUAAGGUUGGUAAAGAAUUGAUUGCUAAUAUUGCAUUGAACAUCAAUUACUCAUUGUAUUUUGCCAUGGACUCUUACGUGGAGUUGAUUAAGACUAAAAAUAUCAUUGCUGACACAAAACACGGUGAUCCUGAUAACAUUGUUGCUCUUGGUGCUCAUUCAGACUCUGUUGAGGAGGGUCCAGGUAUCAACGACGAUGGCUCCGGUACUAUUUCACUAUUGAACGUCGCUAAGCAAUUGACUCAUUUCAAAAUCAAUAACAAAGUCCGUUUCGCAUGGUGGGCUGCUGAAGAAGAAGGUCUAUUAGGCUCUAACUUUUACGCUUACAACCUGACCAAAAAAGAAAACUCGAAGAUCAGAGUAUUUAUGGACUAUGAUAUGAUGGCUUCUCCAAACUACGAAUACGAAAUUUAUGAUGCAAACAACAAAGUGAACCCUAAGGGGUCCGAAGAGUUGAAGAACUUGUACAUAGACUAUUACAAGGCUCACCAUUUGAACUACACUUUGGUUCCAUUUGACGGCAGAUCAGAUUAUGUCGGGUUUAUCGAGAACGGAAUUCCAGCAGGUGGUAUUGCCACUGGUGCCGAGAAGAAGAACAUCGACAACGGGAAAAUCUUAGACAGAUGCUACCAUCAAUUAUGCGACGAUGUCUCCAACCUAUCCUGGGAUGCAUUUAUUACUAACACCAAGUUGAUUGCUCACUCUGUGGCCACCUAUGCUGACUCUUUCAAGGGUUUCCCAAAGAGAGAAACCCACAAGCACGAAGAGGUGGACGUCUUGAACACUCAACAACCACAAUUCAAGUACAGGGCCGACUUCUUGAUUAUUUAA